CUCUGCUUGUGGUGCAGUGGGCCUCACCGCCCCUAGCCGGCAGCCAUCUUGUCCGGAGCUGGGACCGGCUCUACCGGGAGCACCGAACCGAGACUAUCUGGAAGACCAAUACUGGAAACACAUAACCUUUUCCAAGCCAGUAGGCAGUACCGGAACUGCUCCGGUACUGACAGCGAAUCUAACUAGUAUCGGAGGACCGACGUUUCCAAAAAGAGAGACGGAACCGAUUUGUGGUUCGGGUUGCUUAGGUAACUGGACUGAGGCUACUGGGAGCAUCGCAUUAGUGACAGAAGAGACAACCGGACUUGUAUCUACCGGGUUGUGAUUUUUGACUCUAGGAGGUGGCCAGGGGCCCGGAGCGAGGAGUAACUGAGGAAAAAAGGAUAACGGGCUGUAAUAUUUCCGGCUGGACCGGGGAGUAGACCGGUAAAAUGAGCUGCUGGUAGCCGCGACCGGUGCCCCGGGAGUGGGUUCCCGGUGACUGGUUCCGUGCCCGUAGAGGAAGCGUGUCAUCUGCCCUGGGUGGUCCCGGGGAAGCUCGGCUGGAUCAUGGCCUCCAACUGCAGCAGCGGCGCCGUAGCUGGCAGUGCCAGCAAAACCAAGACCAAGAAGAAGCAUUUUGUGUGUCAGAAGGUGAAGCUCUUCCGAGCCAGCGAGCCCCUCCUGAGCGUGCUGAUGUGGGGGGUCAACCACACGAUCAAUGAACUGAGUAACGUCCCUGUACCGGUCAUGCUGAUGCCAGAUGACUUUAAAGCUUACAGCAAGAUCAAAGUGGACAACCACCUCUUCAACAAGGAGAACCUGCCAAGCCGCUUCAAAUUCAAGGAAUACUGUCCCAUGGUCUUCCGAAACCUGCGGGAGAGGUUUGGCAUCGAUGACCAGGACUACCAGAACUCGCUGACCCGCAGUGCGCCGGUGAACAGCGAGACACAAGGCCGAUUCGGCUCGCGUUUUCUUACCACGUUUGACCGGCGGUUUGUCAUUAAAACGAUAUCCGGUGAGGAUGUGGCCGAGAUGCACAAUAUCUUGAAGAAAUAUCACCAGUUUAUAGUGGAGUGCCACGGAAACACACUCCUUCCGCAGUUCCUUGGCAUGUACCGACUCACUGUGGACGGCGUGGAAACCUAUAUGAUUGUCACCAGGAAUGUGUUUAGCCAUCGGCUCAUAGUACAUCGCAAGUACGACCUGAAGGGUUCUACAGUGGCCAGAGAAGCCAGUGAUAAAGAAAAGGCAAAGGAUUUACCCACAUUCAAAGACAACGAUUUUCUGAAUGAAGGGCAGAAACUCCGUGUGGGUGAGGAGAACAAAAAGAUUUUCCUGGAGAAACUUAAGAGAGAUGUUGAGUUCUUAUCUUUGCUGAAGAUCAUGGAUUACAGUCUUCUAGUUGGUCUACAUGAUGUAGAUCGUGCAGAGCAGGAGGAGAUGGAAGUGGAAGAACGGGCAGAAGAAGAGGAGUGUGACGAUGGUUCAGGGAACCCCAUCUGUUCUUAUGGCACACCUCCAGAUAGCCCUGGGAACCUACUUAAUUGCCCUCGGUUCUUUGGGCCGGGAGAGUUUGACCCGUCCGUUGAUGUCUAUGCAAUGAAGAGCCAUGAGAGUGCCCCCAAAAGAGAAGUUUAUUUCAUGGCCAUCAUAGACAUCCUGACGCCAUAUGAUGCCAAGAAGAAAGCUGCGCACGCAGCCAAAACGGUCAAACACGGGGCUGGAGCAGAGAUCUCCACGGUGAAUCCGGAGCAGUAUUCCAAACGCUUCAUUGAGUUCAUGUCAAACAUCAUUGCGUAGCUCUCCUUUCUCCAUCCCUCCGCACUUCUCCCUUUCUAUGCUGAGAGAGAUUACGUGUCUGCAUGAGUGUGAUUGAGUUGGUCUGUGCUGCAUGCCCAUCCCGUUCGUAUAGCUUGACCCUAACAAUGCUAAAAAAAAGAAA